AUGGUUGGGGCUGGAGUCGAGUUAGAAACUCGGUCAAAACAAAGAAAGGAUUUUGGGAAAUGGAGAUUUCGGAGAGAAGCCUCUCUCGGUGAAUAUAGCAUGCAUAAUAUUUCAAGGUUAUUCUUAAAGUCCAACACGAGGCUUAGACGCUUAGAAGAAUGGCCAGCAUCCGCACCGGGCUAUCGAAGUGUUUGGACUUUCAUCUAG